UGCCACGUUUUCACCCCGCUCUGUUGUCGGGCUUUAUAAAAGGCAGUUAAUGAUGAUUACCUGUGGUACAAGGUCCGAGCUGAACAUGUCAAGAGUUCAUAAGCAACAUCUGUAAGCAAUACGAAGUUAGUGUAAAACCGACGUGCGGUUUCAAUCAAAAUUUUCUAAAUCUAUAUGUUUUUGAAUUUGGAUUGGACGCAGUGUGUAUAGAGAGCCUUAGACCGCAUAGAAAAAUUCCACAAAGAGGGAUGAUAAAACAUUGUUGCAAAAGUUAUUGAAGCGGUGACACUGCAGCCAGUCGUCAUGGCUUUUGAAAAUAAAGUAGUUAUUGUAACAGGAGCGAGUUCUGGCAUAGGAGAGGCGGCGGCUGAAGAGUUUAGUGCCGGAGGAGCAAGAGUUGUUCUGGUGGGAAGAAAUGAAGCGAAACUGAGUAACGUCGCCAAACGCUGCAACGAUCCUUUGGUGAUACGCGCUGAUAUGUCUAAAGAUGAAGACGUGCAGAGAAUAGUGAACGAGACAGUAGACAGGUUCGGCCAGAUUGACAUUUUGGUCAACAACGCGGGAACCUUCGCCAAUGGUGCAUUGCUGAGCUGCAACUUAAUGGAGACGUAUGAUUAUGUCAUGGGUGUAAAUCUUCGCGCUGCUAUUUAUCUAACCAAAUUAGCUGUUCCAUAUAUAAUUAAAACUAAAGGCAAUAUAGUCAAUAUAUCCAGUGUGUCGGGGGUUAUUACCCCAGUUUUUCCUGGAUUACUGGCUUACAACGUCUCCAAGGCUGGACUGAACCACUUCACUAAAUGUGCUGCGACUGAGCUGGGCCCGCUCGGCGUGAGGGUCAACGCCGUCAGCCCUGGACCAGUAAACACUGACUUUAUAGAGAACACCGGUUUCCCUGGACCUUGGGAGACAUACAAAAGUGCAACGGUACUAAACAGAGUGUCAGAAUCUAAGGAAAUAGCGGAUAUGAUUAUUUUAAGUGAUAAAGCUAAGUCUAUCACCGGUGCCAAUUACUUAACCGAUAACGGUAUGUCGAUCAAACGUUAAAAAAAAGAAUAAAUAAUGUUACAUUUACGUAACGAUCUCUUAUUCCAUUAUAACUCAUAACCAUUGUUAUAUCAUAAGCCACAUAUUUAAAUACAUUUAUAACAGUAAAUUUAAGUACUGUACCUACUCGUUUGUAGAGGAUUUUUAGUUUAUAGUUCUAUUACAUAAUUGUUUGCAAUGUAUACUUGAAAAGUAGAGAAUAAUAAAAGAAUUUUCUUAAUUCUCUGCGUGUGUCAAGUCUGCCAAUCCGCAUUGGGCCAGCGUGGUGGACUAUUGGCCUAAUCCCUCUCAUUCAGAGAGGAGACUCGAGCUCAGCAGUGAGCCGAAUAUGGGUUUAUAACGACGACUUGAAAAGUAACACCUUACUGAUCUAUAUAUAAGAUUUUAUUUUACACAUUUUCUAUUAUUUAAAUAAACGAAUGUACCAAUUUAAGAAAAAAGAUAAAAUAAAUUGGAGACCCAAUAUAUUUUCCUGAUUUAUAAAAAUCAGGUCUAGAUGAUCCGAAUUUUUAUAACAUCUCUGAUAACUUUUUUUAUAGAGCAUCUAGCAUCACUGUAAAAAGUCCCAUUGACUUAACUUGUGAAAAUGUUUUAGUGAGAUUUGAAUUAAUUAAAUGAAAUAAAUACUGAAUUAUUUUAUUUUCUUGCAAUCGUAGUGAAAAGUAUAGUAAGACACGGCUAAACCCAUUGUAAACUCGAUUUCUAUUUAGCGGCGUGCUUAUAAUACCUCAUAAAUAUUGGGGUCUUUUUCGCCCCUUGUUUAACAAUCUACUAUUAGAGUUAACGUAUGUAAAAUAUUUUUUGUUAGUAUUCAAUAACCGUUAAUAGUGAACUACUACUUCAUGACUUAAUUUAAACUAGCGGACGCUCGCCUUCGUCCUCGUGUAUUUUUGACUUAAAUCUAAUACGAACUAUGUCCUGUCCAGCCCCGUCCCGUCCUUGCCCCCAUUUCGUCCUUUCUCCGACCCCGUCACGUCUUGUCCGUACCCUGACAUUUGGUCAGUUUUUUUCAUAUUCGUUGUGUGAAUCAUGUGCAUAUUAUAGAAUUUCGAACUUGGUUGUACAAACUAAAGUCGAUCAAUUCAGCAAAGUUGACUGAAAUGCGUUUCUGGAAUGGUUCUCUUUUUUGUUUGUUAGCCAUUUUAACUAAACACAUGCCUAUAGGCAGAUUUUGUAGUAGCCACACUGAAAUGUAAUGUAUACCUGUAGAUCACCACAUUCAGGCAAUAAGUGAAUUUGAAUUUGAAACUGUCGAUAACGUUUGAAGGUUACUAAAAUACGUCAGUGAAAACUGAAAACAAGUCGAUUCAGCCGUUCUUGAGAGUAGGUGCACACACGUUUAAUACAAAAAUUUACACGGUUAAGAUUUUAUUAUAAGUAUGGACUAUUAUUUGUCCAUAAUAACGGUUUCAGAAACAAUCAUAAAGUGAAUGAGCAACACAAUAAUUCGUUGUCUUUAAUCUAUUUACUAAACGAAUCCAUCCAUCUGAAUAAAAACACAUUUAUAAUAAAAUUCUAUUCUAAGAGUCAAACAAUAAAAAUUGGGGAAUGGCUGAAAUAAAGAGAUAAUUUUAAGACGCCGGAUGCUUCAUUCUCUACAGGAAAUGAGGAAAUCGACUGAGUUGAGAAUAAAUCAACUAGAACUGAUUAUGGAAAUAGUCAAUGGAACAAAGAAUCUAUUUUAAAACUUAUAAAAUGAAUGUUAUUAUGCAUUACAGUCCAUUAAUCAAUUCAAUUGUUUUUUUUUGCAAUCAUUAUUACAUAAUCAAGUGUGUGUGUGUGUGUGUGUGUGUGUGUGUGUGUGUGUGUGUGUGUGUGUGUGUGUGCGUGUUUGUGUGUGUGUGUGUGCGUGUGGGUGUCUGUGUGUGGUAUCUCGCUCCGACACUCCUUCAUUUCCUGGUAACUUAGCUUACAGAAUCAAAAAUUUUCGUAAAUAAAAAAGUUGAUGGUCUCAUCGAGAUGAAGCUACUCACAAAAAUUAACUUGAUCGUAAUCAGUUGUACAAAAUGUCCUACGGAUUCCUAACUAUAUCUUUUUUGCGAGAUUUUUAUCUACAUUCGCAAAAUAAUUAUUAGCAGUCGGAUAAACGUUAUUUUCAAAAUGGAGUUAGCGGGAUGCUUUUUAAAUUUACGAUGUAAGUUGUCGCGAUGUCGGAUGCAUCUCAGAAGACCAGGAGUGAUCCAUGGCUUUAAUAUUCGUUUGUUGUUUGGAAUAUUAACAAUGUGAGAGUGCUUAUAAAUAGCGUUAGAGAUUAUUGUGACUAAUGUAUUGGUUGCCUGACCUGGAUCAACACUUGUGAAAAUAGUGGAAAAGUCAGACUCUACAUGACUAAAGCUUGUAAAUUUAUUCGUUUACUGAUCGACCGGCUUACUAACUGGGUUUUAAGUUUCAUGUUAUCGACAGGACGGUCAUAGUACGGGUGCAUGAUUCGUAAUAUCAACGUCUAGGAUUAAGAUUGUGCUAUAAUUAGAGAGACUUGUGGUGCAAGGAAAGGUGGAGGGCACAAGAGCACGUGGCAGGUCACCAAUGCGCUGGACUGAUCAAGUAAAAACCGCUCUCCAUGGAUCGCUCCACGAAUGUUCUAGGAGAGCCACACUGCGGGAGGAAUGGCGACGGAUAGUGAGACUUGCCACUGCGCCCAAAUGACGACCACGACCACUCUGUCAAGAGUGUAACGACGAAGAAGAAGAAGAAGAAUAAUUAGGGGAUUAAUAAAAGGCUCAACGAAGAAAUGUAACAACUAUAGGCUAAUUUCUCUCAUCUCUCAUGCAAGUAAAGUGCUACUUCAGAUCAUAAAUACAAGACUUCAAGCCUAUCUGUCAAGUCAAAUUGCUCAGGAGCUAUGUGAAUCUUAUCGUGUUCGUUGCUAUCCAAUACUAGAAAACGAUAUAACCCAUUAUAGGCAAGGUGUUUGAUGGUUUGCUUGACCGCCAGCUUAGUGGAUACUUGAAAUUAAACGAUGCACAGUUUGGAUUUAGAAGUGGGUUGUCUACUGAAAGUGCUAUAAUGGCACUCAAGCAAACUGUCAGAUACUAUACGGACAGAAAAACUCCCAUUUAUGCAGCUUUUCUUGACCUUUCGAAAGCAUUUGAUCUAGUUUGUUAUGAAAAAUUGUGGACAAAAUUAGAAGACCUAAAUGUACCUGUAGAGUUAAUAAAUAUAUUGAGAUUCUGGUACAGUUCACAAACAAAUCGUGUCAAAUGGGCUGGUGUCUAUUCAGACGCUUACCUGCUGGAAUGUGGAGUUAGACAGGGUGGAUUGACAUCUCCUGCUCUGUUUAAUGUCUACAUUAAUGAACUAAUUGAUGAACUCCGCAGUACUAGAAUCGGAUGCUCAAUUGAUGGUAUAGUAAUUAAUAAUCUUAGCUAUGCAGACGAUAUGGUUCUGUUGAGUCCAUCAAUUAAUGCACUUAGGAAGCUGCUGAAGAUAUGUGAGUCAUAUGCUGCGUCACACGGACUCAUAUACAAUAUUAAAAAAAGCGAACUCUUAGUAUUUCAGAGUAAGGGAUGCGCCUUAAAUUAUAUUUCUCCAGUGACUCUUAACGGUAUGCCGCUAAAAAGAGUCACAGAGUUCAAAUACUUAGGGCACAUUGUAACGGAGGACUUGUCUGAUGUUAAUGACAUAGAAAGGGAGCGCAGGGCGCUGGCAGUCCGAUGCAAUAUGUUAGCCCGCAGGUUUGCACGGUGUAAUAUGGACGUAAAACUGACCCUAUUUAAGGCAUACUGUCAAACAUUUUACACAUGCAGCUUGUGGGUGACAUAUACGCAAAGGGCCUAUAGCGACCUGCGAGUCCAAUACAAUAAUGGGUUUAGGACACUGAUGGGGCUGCCGCGUUACUGCAGUGCAUCACUGAUGUUUGCUGAAGCGCAUACAGAUGACUUUUAUGCUAUAAUGCGAAAAAGAGCAGCAUCAGUUAUGCACAGAAUGCGCGAGAGCUCCAACAGCAUAUUAAAAACGCUGGUGGAAAAUGGUGGAAAUCCAUUUUUGAAGCACUGGGUGCACUUGCAUAUGCACUCACGGUGCUUCAUAAAUGGUAGAUACUGUCAUUACUAACACACUAACAUAUUUUAAUUUAGUUUUUUCAAGUACCUAUAACUACUAAUAUUACUAACAAUAGGAUAUUAAAAAUUAAUCAAUUGAAUGUAAUUUAUGGAUUUUAUUAUCUGAAAUAAAGAUUUAUUAUUAUUA